CCUUGCCAAAUUCCUUGUGGGCUCAGAUAGCCUUGUCCAUUCCUUUGCUGACGUAAAUGAAUGGUCACCAUUUAGGGAAGAUGGCCUAUCCUAUUCUUAAUACCCAGCCAGGUUUAGAGGGAUGCAGGCACUUUGAAUGGAGAACAAGGGACACAAGGACAGGGUCUAGAUCAGCUGGCGAGCUCGCCUCACUGUGCUGAUUGUCCCUGUCACACAGAAGCAGAUUACACCGUACAGCUAGCCUUUGCUUUUCUUCAUGCACCGAAUCUUUAUAUACUGUACUAGGAGGCCUGGUUUUUGGAGGAAAUUUUCAUUUUUUUUAGACUCUCAUCGGACAAUUCCUUAAGCUUUUGAAAAAAGGAGGGGGGAGAAAAUUGGGGUGAGCUUUUCUCAAAAUCUGUUUAAGAUAAAACAAAAAACAUUUAUUUUAAUUUGGGGACUUUUUUAACCUCUCAGUCUGUGCCAGCAGUGACUUGUCAGAAGGAUAAAGGAAGCAUACCUCUAUACAAUGAGCACACCAGCUAAACAGAGUUCAACCUUGGUUAAUUCAUUGGCGAAGGUCUAUGACCCAAACCCCAUGCACAGUCAAGGGCCUACGGGCAUCCCAGCAACACCUCGCAAGGUUGCUGGGGAGCCGAAGAAGCCGGCUGCUGAUAGCGCCAACCUCUUAGACGUCAAGAUUGAUUCCUUGAACCGCAAGAUGGACAAGCUCAUCAACAUCCAGGAGAAGGUCCUUCGCAAGCUCGAUGGAUUGUCACAGGACAUCGACGGAAUAGAACAAGAUGUAGAAACGCUCAAGGUGGACAAAGAGGGGAGCCAACCCGCCAAAUCACCCAAAACAGAGUCCUUCCCUGACAUGAAGCUAAUCUGCCAAGAGCUGACCAGCAUGCUUUCAGUGGUGAACCAAAGAACCGAGCAGCAGGCUAAAAGGUUGGAUGGGAUGGAGAAAAUAGUCCUCAGCAUCCAGCAGGUCAUCAGCUUUAUUGGGGAGACAGUGAAGACCUCGAAGGUUAUGGAGCUUAUUUUUAAAAGCCAAUCUCCUCUGAAAGGCAGUGUUGCUUCCCCUGUGGACAGACAGAAAGACAGUAAGCAUAAGCAGACUGUCAAGAGGCACGCGUCCUCUGACAAAAGCGAGGUUGUGACCAGUAAGAGAGUUGACAAGAAAGCUACCUCUACUAAAGCACCUAAAGAGAAGCAAGGCACAUCAUCAGUUUGUGAAACCAGCUGCCUGGAGCCCAUUCACAGCUCAACAAGCAGGACUAAACUUCAUGGACCAAAGCAUUACCUUGUUUCUCGUAAAUAUGGAAGCAUUCUGAGAGAUCUCAAAGGAAAAGAUGUUAAAGACAAGUCAUCUUCCUCGAGUCUUAAGGGCCUUAAAUGUCAUAAAAAGAAGAAGCCUCCAGAUACUGCUGAGGCAGCUGCUCAGAGGAAGCCUUCGCUGUUGGACGAGGAAGUACAAAAGCUUAACAAACAGAAUGCUGAAAAAUCUGGUCAACCCCCUUCGCCAGCAAUGCAAGACCUUGAAGCUGGCAGGCUGGAUGAAAACAUACAGAGGAGCCCUGCCAGUCAGGGGCCAAAGGACACGGUCUUGGAUGGCCAGUUUGAGGCACUGCCUGUCUCUGCUGCUGCCAGCGACCUGGUAGACUUCAUUCUGGAGGUCCCUUAUCCUCAAGGAUCGAGUACAGCGCAGCAGGAGCCCGAGGGACCCGAGGUGGAGAAGCAGGACAGGAAGGCUCCCAUAGUCCAGGAGGAGGAAGACCUGGAGGGGGAUUCCACUGAAACAGAGUCUCAGGAAGGCAGAGUGGACAUAGAGCUGGAGGCACACGAAGACAAAGAGGAGGAAGAUGCCAAAGGAGACAAAAUCCAAGAAGAAUCUGAGGCGGAAGAAAUAUCAGAAGUAGAGGAAGCUACCCUGAAGGCGCUUUCAGAGACCCCCGAAGUGAAGGGUAAAAGCACAGCAGAAGGAGAGCAGCUAUCAGAGGGCUCGUAUGACAGUCUGACCCAGAAUGGCUCCUUAAUUCCAGAAAGGCAUGAAGUCCACGAGCGUUCAGACUCCAUCCUACCAGAGGCUGGCCAAGGCACAGAGCAGACGGAGGUCAGCAGCUCCAGCAAGCGCAGGGUCACUGAGGAGGACGUGGUGAAGGAUGACCACAAGAAGAGCAGGGUGGAGGAGGCCUGCGAGAGCGCUGGGCCUGAGCAGGAGCAGAAGGAAGAGCAGGCCCAGACCGAGGCAGAGGAAGCGGAAGGCGAGAACGGCACCCUGCCAGCCGAAGAACAGAUAAUGGAGUACUUUAUCGACUGCAGCCCCCCCCCACCUGCUCCCUUUGAUCACCGUGUGGUCUCCGCCAAGCCAGUGCAGAUCACCAACUUCUACACCAUCAACAAGCAGGAGAUCCUGGGCGGUGGUCGCUUCGGCCAGGUUCACAAGUGCAUUGAAAAUUCCUCUGGGCUGACCUUAGCUGCCAAAAUCAUCAAAGCAAAAAGUCCAAAAGAAAAGGAUGAGGUCAAAAAUGAGAUUCAGGUGAUGAACCAGCUGAACCACGCCAGUCUCAUCCAGCUGUAUGCGGCGUAUGAGUCUAAAAACGACAUCAUUCUGGUCAUGGAGUAUGUAGACGGAGGGGAACUUUUUGACAGGAUUAUUGAUGAAAACUACAAUCUUACCGAACUGGACACGAUCCACUUCAUCAGACAAAUCUGUGAGGGCAUUCAGUACAUGCACCAUAUGUACAUCCUUCACUUAGAUUUGAAGCCUGAAAACAUAUUGUGUGUGAGCCGAGCUACCAAUAAGAUCAAGAUAAUCGACUUUGGGCUUGCCAGAAGAUACAAGCCAAGGGAAAAGCUAAAAGUGAAUUUUGGGACACCGGAAUUCCUCGCUCCUGAGGUCAUCAACUACGAGUUCGUCUCAUUCCCCACGGACAUGUGGAGUUUAGGAGUCAUUACCUACAUGCUGCUUAGCGGCCUCUCUCCUUUCCUUGGCGAAGAUGACAAUGAAACCCUGAAUAACAUUCUGGCCUGCCAGUGGAGCUUGGAGGACGAGGAAUUUGCAGAUAUCUCGGAAGAAGCCAAGGACUUUAUUUCAAGGCUCAUUGUGAAGGAUAAAUGUUGGAGGAUUACUGCUGCAGAGUCACUGAAACACCCAUGGUUAUCAAACCGCAAUCUUCACUACCGACUUCAUCAAAAGAAAAAUAAGUGCCACUCUUCACAUGCUCCACCUGCUGAAACCUAAUCAGAAUGGUGGGAUGCUGCAUACUGCUGCCAACAGGUAUCUAAAUAUUGAUGACUUCUGAUGACAUGAGCCUCACUCAACUGGACCAACACUGCUGUACUGUACAUGUACAUGUACUGUAUAAUCAAUGGACAUUCAUUUCUGCCUUUAUCUGUAUAUUAGCACUAGAAGUUGAGCACAUGAAACAAUUGCAAAUUGUGCUCAAGCAUGAUGUCAAAGGAAGUAGAAUGCAUGUGUGAAUUAGAAGAUAUUUAAACCCAAAUUUGCUAUUUUACAAUCCCCAUGCAAAUGAUGAAGUAGAAUUUCUCUUCUGAAACUCACAAAUCCAUUUAUUAUUGGGGAAAUCACUAUGAAUCGGCAUGCACGUUAAAUCUGAUGUUAAACAGUGUUGUUCAAACUUCAGCAGCGCCUGCAGCUGAACUUUAACAACUUAAAAUUCAUUCUUAAUGGCACAAUUGUGCCUAAAGUGUGCCAAACAGACAUUUUGAACUAAUAUAAAAAUGUACGUAGAGUCACCUCAAUGCCCUGUGAAUAAAUCACUGAAGGUAAAACUAAUUUGAAUUAAAAUUUUAGGGGGUCCAAUAUGAAGUUGUCAUAGAGUCAAGACAGUCAUUUGUAGUGAAACGUGAAGGAAUGUUAAAAAGUCAUUAAACAUUGUAUUGCUGGUAUCCCUGCACUACUUUAUAGAAUUUGUCAAUGUGCCAUAAUUCAGGAUUACUGUUUUUUAAAGCAGCAGUUAUACCACACAAUAUUUAAUAGGGCGUACAGCUGGGGAUUGCAUCCAUUAUAUAUUUUUUAUUUCACUGAACUGUUUCAGUUUAGUAAAAUACAGAUUUUAUUGAAGAAGACAAGCAGAUUUCAGUAAUGGGGAGAACAGCCACACAACGUUUAUAUCGAAAACUUGAGGGUUUUUGCCGAAGGACAGCUUGAGCCGAAGUGGGUACGCAACACAGUAAGAGGUGUGUGUUUAUAUUUAACAAGGGCUGGCCGCCUGAGGAAAAAUACGGCGAGAGCAAUUUCCUGCUCCAAACCUUGUAUCUUUCUAUUGAAGAAAGCUCAUGCACUCUUAAGAAGAAAAGGCAAAGUCUGUGUCCAAAACCAUCACUUCUGUCUCUUAUAUAAACUUUUGUAUAGCUUGUUAAAGUAACUCUACUCUGAACUCAACACAUUUUUAUUUUACACCGUAAAAUAUAUACAGUAAAAUGCUUACCUUUUGGAAAAAAUAUUUCAGUUUCUGGUGUCAAUUAAAAAACACUCUUUAGUUAUUGUAGCUUAUGCUGGUUCAUCGCAUAUCUUCAUUGAAUAACCCUUCAACACAAUAUCUUUGUGUAUAAACCCUUUUCUUGUUACAGUAUAUGCAGUAUAUAGUAUAUGCAUUUGUCAGGCAACUUCCAGAAACAAAAACUGCAGGACUGUUUUAGGUAGCAUAGCAAAUAUAGGUAGCAAAUAUACUCUAUAAUAAUAUAUCUCGGAUAAGAGAUAAGCAAACGUGAUUUUAUAUUCAAAUCAAAAUUGUUUCAAAUGUGGCUGUUCCCACAAAAACACUCCUUAACAGCAAUCGAUGUUCAUUGUAUAUGAUGACUCAAUAAGAUCACCUUUAUGUAAAAAUUCUUUCACAUAAUAACUCUGAUGUUUGGCUGUUUGAAAUAAAUCUGGCCCCAACUACACCCCAGAAUAUAUCUGCAGUGACAUUUGCAUAAUUUAGUGACAUUUUGCUUGGGGCUUGUUUACUGCCCCAAGCAGUGUUCAAGUAAUUAAAAAGAGUCGUAUUUUUCUCAAUUGGAAAA